AUGAAGCGUCUCGGUACGGCUGUGACCAUUACCGACCCGCUCGUGAAGUACAAUGCGCUUCUGGCAACCGGCACUUUCCACCCUGAUCCAGCUCAGCACCGUCUAGCCUAUCAUCUGCAAAAGCUAUAUCUUCGCUUAAAAGACUAUCAACCGUCUACAGAGUACCGAACAAAGCUCCGCCAAAUAACCCAGUCCAUCGGUGGUGCCAGGGAAAAUGAGACGGACCAGCUGGCAGUCUCAAGCCAUCCCAUCAGGCGUAAUCCCCUUUUCGCCAGAUUUUUCAGAUCGACCGAGGGCCCGCGAGACAGUCUAUCCCUGACACGCAUCCUGACGAGCCAUCAAGCUGCCGUCGAUAUCGACUCUCCUAGAGGGCUGUUCCUCUCCGGCGAGGUGGGCACUGGCAAGUCCAUGUUAUUAGACCUGCUGGCGGACGGUUUACCCACAAGCCGGAAGCGGCGAUGGCAUUUCAAUACGUUCAUGCUGUAUGCAUUUUCGAGACUCGAACACUUUCGAACAGCGCACCCCAGCAUCACUCGCGAAGACAGAGAAUGGUCCGUGCUAUGGAUGGCCAAAGAGAUGAUUGAGACGUCGCCCAUUUUGUUCCUAGACGAAUUUCAGCUCCCGGACCGAGCUGCGAGCAAGAUUCUCAGUAACUUGUUCAUCGCAUUCUUUCAGCUUGGUGGCGUGCUGGUCGCAUCAUCCAAUCGCAUGCCUGAUGAGCUCGAAAAAGCCACAGGGACUUACGGAUCCCCACCGCCUACAGGUGGCCUGGUCCGUAGCUUUUUUGGCAUGGGCGCUCAGAAACAGAGGGGAGAGCUAUUUGGAAGCACGAGCGAUUUUGCUGCCUUCUUGGAGGUCUUAAAGGCGAGGUGUGAUUUUUGGCAUAUGGAAGGUGCACAGGACUGGCGGAGGCGAGACAUACAGGAGCAUCUUGGUCUGCAACAGAACCCAAACACAGAGCCCGGCUCUACCGUCUCCGGCCCCGCCUUGGACAACUCAGAUUCCGGCCUUUUGCUCGUCCGGGACGAAAUUGGCGACUCUACGACACCGCGGAAAUAUGCGCUAACGGUGGAUGGCCCCGAAAGUUGGAAUCAAAUGGUACUUGAGGUCGUCAAUAACCCGCUUAUUUCGUCGAUACCCUGGUCGUCAGCCACUUUGGUUGUAUAUGGUAGGCUGGUCAGCGUGCCCAGACAGUACCAAGGCAUCGCAAACUGGGAUUUCAACGAGUUGGUGCACAAAUUUGGGCCAGCGGACUACGUUACACUGGCCUCGAACUAUCAUACAUGGAUUAUUGACAAGGUACCCGUGUUGCCAGUGUCUAUGAAGAACGAAGCACGCCGCUUCAUCACACUCCUGGAUGCGCUUUAUGAGGCUCGUUGCAAGGUCCUUAUUCGAGCCGAAGUCGGGCCCGACAACCUCUUCUUCCCGGAACAGAACCGGCGCAAAUCUUCACGUUCCGGACUGACUACGAUGACCCGUACGAAAACGACAAGCAAGAACGAAUCGAGUGACCAUGAAGACGCAACUUACUCCGAAACCAUCUCUGAAGUCUACCAGGACUCUGCCGCCCCCUUCAGACCCAACAUUUCGAGCUAUAAUGACGGCCCAUCCCCUUCCGCCAACAAGGCCUCCAGCAUCCAUGCCGAGAUUGACUCGGACUUCGGCAUACUGGGACAGAAGGUCGACUUCGUGAACACGUCUGCAUUCACAGGUGAGGACGAGCGAUUUGCGUACAAAAGAGCAGCGAGUCGGCUGUGGGAAGUCUGCAGCGCGUCCUGGCAUGCGCGUCCUGGGCCCCCGGAGGCCUGGUGGCAGCCUUUGCCCGCUGAGGCGCGGCACUGGGAGAGCAAGGAACCAACAAAGCCUCUUGACAUGAGCUACGCGGCACAGAGCAAGACACCAGGGGACGUGUCUUGGGGACCCUCGGUGGACUUGGAGGAGCCAGCGGGGCUCUCAAGACUACGCGUUGAUGAAUUGAAGAACGGCAGAAAUGAAUGA